AUAUUGGUUAGUUCUUCUGUAAAAAAAUGGUAUAUCUGUUAUUUGUUGUUAAUAUUUUUCUUCUUCUCUGGCUCAUCGUCUUCCUACUCGAGAUGAAUAACCAAGAUCAGGGACGAACUCAAACACGCACUCCAGGUCUCAAGGGUGAUGAUCAUGGAGUUCAUGCAUGUCACAACGGCAGCUGUGGAGCCGUUGAAGGUUUCAACCCUUCAGACAAGGAACACCUUUCUGAUAAUGAUCCCCACUCAAAAGAUGUAAAAGUAACAGACGAUGACCAAAUGCAAGAUCCUAGUAUUUUGCAAGGAGAAAGGGUUUGGGAAGGAAACAUGCUGGAGUUGCAAGCAGAAAAGCCAGACUCUCAUGUGGAGACACUGCAUAAAUCUACAAAUGAUGUUCAAGUAGAGUCUACACAGUUUCCUACGUCUGAUGAUGAUAACACGUCACAGGAAAUUGAAGAAGGAUAUGUUCACGUUGAAAUUACUGCUUCGCUUGAGAAUUUGUUUGGAAAUAGUGAUGUAUUACCUCUUUCAUCUGUAACUCACACUUGCAACGAUAAUGGUAUCAAUGGUGGAAGUUUGGACGGAAACCAGGGCUCUAAUUCAGGGACAAUAGAUGUUAUAGAAAUAUUAGCUGAGAUGACAGACAGCGGCGGUAUCAUACUGCACUCACCUGUACAGAGUUUUAUACCGAUGGAAAAUGCCAAUAGAAAUAAUGAGCCUGAGUUAUCUGCAAAUGAAGCUGUGAGAGUAGAAGGUCGAAAUUCUCCUGCUGAUACCGACUCACAAAAUGACACAGUGAGGAGAAGAUUCAAUUGGUUAUCAUGUCUAUGUUGUUGCUUCUGUGGAGAUCGGUAG